AUGCCUGCCAAAGGUGCUUCGACUCGCCUGAACCCGGUGCGGUUGCAGACCAUUCAACACCUUCGAGUGCGACGACCCAACCAACAACAACAGAACUCAUGCGCCACGAUCAUGUCCUCUAUGCUGAAUUGCUGGGCCUCAGCCGGACAGGGAAAUGAAGGAUGCUCCGGUUUGGAGGAAUCGUUAAAAGCAUGCAUGGACGGAAGGAGAGACACAACGUCAGCUAACAACGCCGUCAACUAUCACUUGAUGAGAAUGUUCCCCAAGGUUUCGGGCCCACGGAAGAGGGAAGGUCGCCUUGGCUAG